CGAGGUCUCCUCUCCAGCCGUGCCUGCCACCAUGGAGGUGUCGGACACCCCGGGCGCUGUCCCCGCGCUCGUCACGGAGCCGCGGUUCGCCCAGCGGCUCAGGGAGUAUCUGGAAGCAGAGCAGGUCCUGGAYGCUCGCUACCGGCUGCAGAGGAUGCCGGAGGGCAGCGUGGCCCUGCCCGUGCUGGGAGACAAGCUCACGGAGCAGCACAUGCGGGCACUGCAGAGCGGCCCCGAGGCGCUGCCCUGCAGCCRGGCCCAGAUCCAGGACCCCGUGCCCUCCAAGGCGGCGGCGGUGCGCACGCCCGCACAGCGGCUGAGCCGCGCGCUGCAGCGCCUGGUGCUGGCGUCGGGCGGCAGCUGGACGCGGGAGCUGGAGCGCGACGUGCCCCGCGCGUGGCAGCGGCACGGAGACCUCGUCCUGCUGAGCGAGGAGAGCCUCGUGACGCUGCUGCUGGGCCCCCACGGCUGGGUGGAGCACGUGGACAACGGCGUCAGGUACGCGUUCGACGUCACCAAGUGCAUGUUCUCCCCGGGGAACAUCACGGAGAAGCUGCGGGUGGCCUCGCUGCCGUGCGCCGGGGAGGUGCUGGUGGAUCUCUAUGCAGGCAUCGGCUACUUCACGCUGCCGUUCCUGGUCCACGCGGCGGCCGCCUUCGCCCACGCCUGCGAGUGGAACGGGCACGCCGUGGAGGCGCUGCGCCGCGGCCUGGCGCUCAACGGCGUGCAGGGCCGCUGCCGCAUCCACCGCGGCGACAGCCGGCGGCUGCGGCUGCGCGACGUCGCCGACCGCGUCAACCUGGGGCUCCUGCCCAGCUCCGAGGAAGGCUGGCCCGCGGCCUGCCGCGUGCUCAGGAAGGACACGGGCGGYGUGAUGCACAUCCACCACAACGUGGAGGCUCUGCCCGCGCCCUCCAGGGCACGGCGCGAGGACRGGGAGCACCGGGAGGACACGGAGCGGCGGCAGCACCCGGAGGACACCGAGCAGUGCGGCGCGGGGACGCGGGCGGCCCGGGGGCGCCCCGAGUGGUGGAGCUGGGCAGAGGCGGCCGCCGGGCGCAUACGGGCGCUGCUGGAGGAGCUGCACGGGCGGCCCUGGAGCACCAGCAUCCUGCACAUCGAGGCGGUCAAGUCCUACGCACCCCACGUGCACCACGUCGUGCUGGACCUCGAGUGCCGGCCCACGCUGCCGCCGUAGCUGGCCGAGGGCCUUGGCACGGCUCGAGGUUGGGGAAAGCGGAUCCAGGUGCUGCACGUGUUUUUAUGCUGGAAACAGGAUUGUUCAUUUCACUUUUUUCUUACUUUUUUUGCAUAAAUGAGGACAUUUGCCA